AUGGAUCCAGUCAGCCUGAUUACAGCUUUGGUGGAGGUCUUGGGGCUGUGUGCGGCAGCAGUUGAGCAGCUCAAAAAGUUCUGGAAUGCCGGAAGGGAUCUCGGGACGCUCAUGAGCAGGGUUGGUCGAGCGCAGCAGACAAUCGAGUCCAUACUGGAGGUGGUGAGAGAACUGAAGACGGCCGGUUUGGCAUCUCUGGAGUUCUCCCUAGACGUGUUCGUUAAUCCCCUCAAGGACGUCAUCAGGAAGAUCUUGCUCCAGAUACAGGGCGUUGUCAGCACGGAACCCGGGAGGCUUCGCCCGAAAUUCGUCCAAAAACUGCUCUGGACAAUGUCGCGGGACAAGUUGGUCGAUCUUGAGAAUGAGUUGAAGGAGCUUGAAGUCGGCAUGGCCAGUCAAACUGGUCAGCUAAAGCAUCUGGGCGUGACCCGGUCCAACACCCUUCCGAUUCCUACCUCAGAACCUGAGAUUCAUGACGCUUUCUCCGACACCGCCACGUUAGGACCGGUUGAGCUCGAAGAGGACGCGGGCGCUGGCAAGGAUCAUGGCGAGAUACUGAACUCAUUGCGAGUGCGAACAUGGCUUGGCAACCUCGAUGCUGAUAAACACGACCAAGAAUACGUCCGACUGCGCGACAAGUUGAGCGACGCGGCCAAGUGGGGGUAUUGGGACGACGUUUUUGAUAUACUCGAGUCGGGCCACCGCAUCUACGAGGAGUCCUGGAUCAACGCACCGAGGAUCAAACGGGGCGAGGGGCUGGAAUUCAUCAGUCUCUGGACUCCUCUUCACCAGGCUGUCUACUUGGGUGCCCCUAUAGAAGUCGUGUCAAAACUCCUAGAGCUUGGUGCAUCUAGGACACUUAGGACGCGAUGGACCGAGUUCCCUUGGCCAGAUAUGACGCCGUUGGAGCUCGCUCAGCAUCUCGGCGUCACGCAUCUGACCGACAUCCUACGACCCACCAUUCGGGUGCCAAUCCCUUACGACACUCUGAAUGCGCUGCAGAAGCAGUUCCACAAGCUCAUCACGCACGAAAUGGGCGACAGCUUCAAGGACGAAGAGUGGUUUUUGCCCCAGCUAGAGGUCUUGCUGGAGCAUGAGCCUCAACAGUGGACUUGGUUUCCCGUCAAAUUCUCGCAAACACCCGAAAUAUACGGUUAUUGGUAUCGCAUCGAUGGCCGUGAUCUGCUUAUCCGAUCCGACAGUACAAGGCUACGGGGGAUGCAGCAGGGAUAUAGGGUCUCUGUCGACGGCAUCUUUGAGGUCGAGCAGGCCAUCGUUUCUUAG